CUCACAAGUGAUGAUUUGGAUUAUUCUCUGAAUGGCAUUCCACCAGUAACGAACAUGGAUAUUGUCGCAUAUUUAGUGUUGACACAUAGUUUUUAUACCAAUGAACAAAUGAAAGCCUUCAAGAGUCUUGAAGCUCAUAAGUAUUUUACCUCUGGAUUUGUGUUGAAAGCUGGGACGAAAGUUAUAAAUGAUUUCUACGUAUUGGUUGGAAAGGUAAAGCAUUCCCAGAGAGCAAAUGCAAAACCUCUUGAUGUUUGGUGCAUUGUAACUAAGGACGGGUCAAUAGCUACAGCGCACUGUAUUUGUAUGGCAGGUGCCAGUGAAGUUUGUAGUCAUGUUGGUGCCAUACUGUUUGCUGCUGAAUAUGCACAUCAAAAAAAGAAUUCAUCUUCUUGCACUGAUUUUGGUGCCUUGUGGCCUAUUCCAUGUUUAUCUACGGUAGUGCCAAUUGAGCCUCUAAGCAAAAUGGACUUUGGACAAAUUGCAGUACCUUCAACAAUGCAACAAAAGACAGCAGUGCCACAGAUGACUGAAUCCGAUAUUGUCAAUUAACUUACAAGGAUUGAGACUAUUGGCAAAAGUGCAAGUUUAAUGAGGAUUGUUGAGCCAUUUGCCAGUAAAAUUUCUGGGACUGUAAAUGUGAAGCUUGCAUUUUCAUUGGAUAUAUACCAACAAAAUUACGAAUUCAAAACAUAUAUUGAAUUGAUGCAGAUAUCAAAAUCUAUUAAUUUAUGUUUAAAACAAGAACAGUGCAACGAAAUUGAGAAAAUCACUAGGAAACAACAUGCUACUAAUAAUUGGUAUUUACAUAGGGCUGGAAGAAUAACAGCUUCAAAAUUUAAACCCGUUUGUAGAACAAAUAAAGAGUCACCUUCUCUCUCACUAGUUAAAAGCAUAUGUUAUCCAAUUAAAAUAUUGUUUAGUUCUGAAGCUACUACUUGGGGUUUAAACCAUGAAAAAAUUGCUGUCGAAAAAUAUAAGGAAUGUAUGGAAGAAAAUCAUAGAUCCUUUAUUAUAAAUGAUGUAGGGUUGAUGGUAAAUCCAAAGUGGCCUCAACUGGGUGC